UGGACGAAUACAUUGCCAUUGCUAAAGAGAAGCACGGAUACAAUAUGGAGCAGGCCCUUGGGAUGCUCUUCUGGCACAAGCACAACAUUGAAAAGUCUUUGGCAGAUCUGCCAAACUUUACUCCGUUCCCAGAUGAGUGGACAGUGGAAGACAAGGUUUUAUUUGAACAAGCCUUCAGCUUCCACGGGAAAACAUUUCACAGGAUCCAGCAGAUGCUUCCUGACAAAUCAAUAGCCAGCCUGGUGAAAUUUUACUACUCCUGGAAGAAGACAAGGACUAAAACUAGCGUGAUGGACCGUCAUGCUCGUAAACAAAAAAGGGAACGUGAGGAAAGUGAGGAUGAAAUGGAAGAAACAAAUGGAAAUAAUCCUAUUGAUAUUGAAGUUGAACAAAACAAGGAGAGCAAAAAGGAGGUGCCGCCCGCUGAAACUGUUCCUCAGGUGAAGAAAGAAAAGCACAGUACACAGGCCAAGAACAGAGCGAAGAGGAAACCUCCCAAAGGAAUGUUCCUUUCCCAAGAAGAUGUAGAGGCCGUUUCUGCCAAUGCAACAGCUGCUACAACUGUACUCAGACAACUGGACAUGGAGUUAGUCUCAAUCAAACGACAGAUUCAGAAUAUCAAGCAGACAAACAGCGCUCUCAAAGAAAAACUUGAAGGUGGGAUAGAACAAUACAGACUCCCAGAGGUCACUCAGAAAUUCAAUGCACGUUGGACCACGGAUGAGCAACUUCUUGCUGUGCAAGCAAUCAGGAAAUAUGGCCGAGACUUUCAAGCAAUCUCUGAUGUGAUUGGAAACAAAUCUGUGGUGCAAGUGAAAAACUUUUUUGUAAAUUACCGUCGUCGCUUCAACAUAGAUGAAGUUCUACAGGAGUGGGAGGCAGAGCACGGCAAAGAGGAGACGAAUGGAACCAACAGCCAGAAGCCUGUAAAAUCCCCCGAUAAUUCCACUAAAAUGUCAGAAGAAGAAGAUGAGGCUACUUCUGUUCUUGAUGUCAGAUAUGCAUCUGCUUCGUGAGAAGGUGCUGUAGCCUAGAACAAUUUGUGUUGACUACUGUGUUAUCCAGGAUAUCAGGUAUUAGCAAACCUCAGACAGCCAUCUGCAUCAUAUCUGUGGACAAGCAGCUGUUACCAAAAAAAGGCAAACGCUUCCAGUCCUCUGCUACAUCUGCCUUAAUCUCCCCUCAUUGCUCCAUACUGCCUCCACUUUCUUUCCAAAGCUCCCAGAUAGCUCAGCUCUCCAUUUCACCAACGUCCUGCUUAAGCAUGGGGAUUUCUAGAACUAGUAACACCUGUCUCUAAUUUUGACCAGCUGUCAAAGCAAGGAGCUCCUUAGCAGCCCCACGAUAACUCUACACAUUAGGAGUUCUUGUAAUACUUGGUCCGUAGGGUAUAAGUACGUAUUGCUGCAUGGCCUUGUGGUCUCUGCUUCCUGUGUAUUCUUAUGAUGACACUAUUAUUAGCGACCUUUCUAUAAAGGAGAGGCCUGUGCACAUGCCAGCAGUGUCAGGUUUGUUCUGAAAUGACAGGGCCCUUUAGCAAGCAACCGUGAAUAAUGCCAAGUGAUAGGAAAUGCUGUUUCUGAGGUUGGGUCAGUCCAAGGUUGUACAUGUAAGUCAUUACACUUCUGGUUUGUGCAAUUCUUUCCACUGUAUUUGUGUCUCUUGCUUCAUAGAAAGCUCCCUAACUGAGCAUUUUAUUCCUGUAUAUUUUAAUGGCUUUUAUUUAGUGCAAAAGGGAAUACGUAACCUGAAACUGUUUGAUACGCUAUUUAACCCCUGGCAUUCAGCAUUUGCAUUGUAACUUGUUAAAUGAGUGCUACACAACUUUCUUUUUCCUGAUCCUUUGCGGGAUUAAGUCAAAACAAACUUUCUCUGGUGCCUCUCCUUCAGAAUACGUGCCUUUUUACAUUUGGCUACCAUAGGUCACUCUCUGUCCCAGUGUCUCAUUCCUCUUCAGAGCGCUGUUUGCCAAAGACUUCAAACUACUCCUCCCACUGGAAGAGUAGGCAAAGGUUGGAACAUAAAAUUCAGCCUCAAAAAGAG